GGGGGGCACACCAGGUAAAGCUAAUAGUUCCAUACAGAGGAGUCAUACAUAGGUGUGUAUUCCCACAAUACAACAGGUAUUUUCUUUUUGAAUCGUGACACCGAGGCUCUGGAACAAGAUUGCGCAUAAAUUGAAGUAAAGAACGAGAAAAGAAACAUUAAGCAAAUUUGAUAAAUUUAUUUGGAAAUUCUCAAUCGAAGAGUUGUAUAAAGAAUUCUGUCAACUCCAGGUGUAUUAAAGCAGAGGUGCAAGUGGAAUCUGCUGUCUAUGCCACUAGUGUUUUAAAAGUGAGAAGAAAUGAAAUGUUCAAUUAAUUAAUUCCCGUUUCGAAGAGGGCGGGUUUUUGGUGAAGUGUAUGCGGGCAUUAUGGCGCCACACUGGCUACACGUGAGCUAGGCACGAGCGUUCAUACCCAGUUGUUACUAAGGAAGGCGUGUGAUGAAUAUCAGCCAUGAUGGAGAGCCUGGAGUUCCGCGAGAAGUUGUUAUACCCGGGUAUCACACCCACCAUCCACUGCAACACCUGCAAGCCUAACAGCAAGAGGCGCCGGCCGCGGCCCCUCUCAUCCCCUGUAGUCAACGGACUCUCCCACUCCGGUGAGCCGCACACGAAGCACAGUGAAGAACAGAAUGAAAAUGGGGAGCUAGUGAAGCUGAGCGAAGAGUCGCUCAUGCGACAACCCGAAGAAGUCUUCGAUAUCAUCUGUAAAUUGGGCGAGGGAUCCUAUGGCAGUGUAUACAAGGCAUUACAUAAAGAAUCAGGUCAGGUUCUGGCCAUUAAGCAGGUACCCAUUGACACAGAUCUACAAGAGAUAAUAAAAGAAAUAUCCAUUAUGCAGCAGUGCGACUCUCAUCAUGUUGUCAAAUACUACGGUUCCUAUUUCAAAGAUUCAGACCUGUGGAUUGUCAUGGAGUACUGCGGUGCUGGUUCGGUAUCGGACAUUAUGAGGUUACGAAAGAAAACACUGACAGAAGAAGAAAUAGCAACAGUUAUAUAUGAUACUUUACGUGGUCUAGAGUACCUACACCUCAGGCGGAAAAUACACAGGGAUAUAAAAGCCGGGAAUAUCUUGCUCAACACUCAAGGUCAUGCUAAAUUAGCCGACUUUGGUGUGGCAGGUCAGCUGUCUGACACGAUGGCCAAAAGAAACACUGUGAUAGGCACUCCUUUCUGGAUGGCCCCCGAAGUGAUUCAGGAAAUAGGUUAUGACUGUGUAGCAGAUAUAUGGAGUUUAGGUAUAACAGCAUUAGAAAUGGCAGAGGGUAAGCCCCCAUAUGGAGACAUUCAUCCCAUGCGUGCCAUAUUUAUGAUCCCUACCAAACCCCCACCAUCUUUCCGAGAACCAGACCAGUGGCAACCGGAGUUUAUUGACUUUGUCUCCAGAUGUUUAGUGAAAAACCCUGAGGAAAGAGCGACAGCUUCAGAAUUGCUUCAGAAUCAGUUCAUCCGAGGUGCGCAGCCUUCAAGUAUACUUCGGAACAUGCUAGAAGAGGCUAUGGAGAUUCGGGAAAGUCAAAACUCAAAUAGACAAACGCAAAUUAAGAAUAUAACAGAAUCUCAACAAGUGCCCCUACUACAGUUGCCAAGAUUGAACAUGCAAGCCGAGCAGGAUAACAAAAACAAUCAACACAAUCAAACCCAUCAUCACAACCUUGCUAAUACUGAACUUCAGGAUGAAGACGAAAUGGACAGCAGUACUAUGGUUCGGUAUAGUGGUGGAGAUAGUGGCACUCUUAAGUCACUGAAUAAUGAAGGCACUUUGAUGGCUCCCUUGGGUUCUGGUGGAACUCUUAAAGCACCAGUUGGUACAGGAACUCUAAGUGCAGAUCUUGGCACUAUGGUCAUAAACUCGGAUAAUGAGCAUGACGAGGAUGACGAGGAUUCCACCAUGAAAAGACAUGACACUGCACCGGGAGAAAGACUGGAUCGGCCCCUCUUCCUCGAUUAUUUUGACAAGAAAGAACAGGAAAAGAAGGCAAGAAGUAAAGGCUUGAAGGAUAGUUCAGCAAUGAAUCAAGUGACAUCUCAGCAGUAUGUUGGAACUGGUCGACCAAUUAUCACACAGCAACAUCCUACUUCACAAUCAACUCGGUUGUUGGAUGACAAACAUAUAUUACAACAGCAGCAGAAUUUGCAGCAGCAGCAGGCACAAUCCAGCCUGCAGCAACAGCAAGUGCUUCUCCAGCAGCAACCACAGCAGGUACAACUGAGAAAUCAGGACUAUGAGAAACAGGAUGAAUCGGAUAACACAAUGAUCUAUUCUCCUACAGCCUUAAUACAAUCUCAGCCCAAGCCCAUGUCUGCAGAGGAGCGAAGAAAAUUUGAGAAUGAUCUCCAAAGACAACUUGUACAGAUGAAUAAUCCAGGGAAUCAUCAUCCUCUGCCAGCUCGGGGAGUCGCAGCAGAAAACCAACCAAAAUUCCAGAGGUCCUUUAUUGAUGGAGAUUUUGACUUUCUAAAACACCUUACAUACGAGGAACUACACCAACGUAUGGCUACCUUGGAUCAAGAAAUGGAACGAGAGAUUGACGAACUUCGUCAGCGAUAUCAGGCAAAAAGGCAACCUAUUCUUGAUGCCAUGGACCAGAAGAGAAAGAGACAGCAAAAUUUCUAGUAUAUUUGCACAAUGUAUAUUAUUGUACAGUGAUCUUUACUGUAAGCUUCCAAGACAUAUCUCGUGUAAUUGAAAGUACUGUGAUUGCCACAUAUUGUGAGAGAUUUCUUUGAGCAAAAUAUUAAUGGUAAGGAAUUGUAAACACAUUUUACGAAAUGUAUAAAAUCAAUAUUUUGUGGAUAUUGAAAACUAGUGACAUCUAAAGAUAAAAUUUAAUAGAAACGAUCUAUCUCGGGAUGCGAAGUAACUUGUGUGCCAUGUGAUUAAUAAUCCCGGGUGGUUACAGUAGAGAACUGCGUAAAGUUAAGGUUACUUAGGCUGUAAAGAAGUUAGUCAAAGUGCCAUGGGAACAUGGACAACUUAAAUACGAUAUAGGAGGAGUUAUUUGGUAAUACCGUAACCUAGUGAUUGAAUUACUGGUGGCGUGCUCUGUGGAACGUUAUAUGCUGGCAUGUUGUGACCCAAGCUUGAUUGAAAGUUAUCUUCAGAAUGACUUAAUUAAUAUGAAAAAUUUUAUUCAGAAAUAUUGAAAUAUUUCAGCAGCAAUAAUUAAAAUAAUAUUGCAGAACCCUGAGGGAAAUAAGUAAAAUUACUUCUUUGCUUUAAAGUAAAUUGUAUAGAAAAAAGUGAUGUUAUAAUUUACAAAAAGUAAAUUCUAUUCCUUAUAACUCGUGUGUAUGGAUGCUCGUACAUUUUGUCAGAUACCAAUAGAUAAAAUCAAGGUUUUUAUUUUCUAUAUUUUAUCUUAUGAAUGUGGUGUGUGAAGUAACAAAUGUGUAAAUACAUUUGAUUAAAAAAAAUCCCAUUAACAUGUAUUGUUUUGGCCAGAAUGUUUUGUUGACCUCAAUUUGUGUACAGUAUUUGAAUUUCUUAAUUUGUAUUCAGAUGAAAGUGUUACCAUGAAGGUAUUAUUUAGACUUUCACACUUACAUGUGCACACACUCAUUGACGUGUCAAAUUCUCUCAUUAGUCAUAGCUGUGCAUGUCUUUCUCAGGGAAUUAAUUUCACCACCUUUUAUCUCAACUCUGCUUAUAUUCUUCAAUAUCAAAGUAAAUAAGGCAUGACCUUAAAGUUUGUGUUUAAUGUUUUUUGUGAAGUAUGCUUGCAAUGCAGUUUGUUCCAAGAGUCGCAUAACAAAUUCUGAAUGACAUUUGGCUGUGGACACUGACCUUACGUGUCUAGUUGUAUAUAUUUUAAAAUGAGCGACUAUGCAAGUAGGUGGAAACUGCCUCCCUUGCAUGACGGCUAAAUCAACAUUCGGGAAACACUUGGGUAAAUUUCCCAAGUGAUAAAGGAUUUUCUUAAGCAAAAUGUUUAAACUAUGAAACUUGGCUACCAAUAUGGUUUUGAAGAUAUUUUGUGCCAAUUUUGAGAUGGGUUAUUUUAUACUAUUGGGACCCACUUAAUUUUCGUACUCCUUAGAAUUGACUCGGCUUGGCCAAUUUUUAUUUCGGCAUACAUUUUAAUUAUUGAAUAAUAACUUAGGGAUGUUAGCCUUCAAUAAGUUGUACAUAAUAAUAAUGUAUAGAGGAAUAAUUAAAUGCAUUAAUUAUAGCCAAGAAAUAUUUAAGUUGACAUGAGUCAUUUUUCAUGUAAAAUGGAAGAGCACAUUAGUGAAGUACUGUACAUAAAUAUAUAUUACCAUGUUUAAUUUAUAAAAGAAACUAGUUUUGUAAUGUUGACAGACUGAAGAGUUGUUUUAAUGUAAUGAAAACCUUCCAUGGGUCAUUUAGUAAUUUUUUUUAUAUCAAGAAUUACCUGCUGGCUUUUUAAUUUCUUCUUAGCAAGUUUAUUUUCUUUUAAUUUCUAACCAGCCUUUCCCAGGGUGGAAAUUUGAUUGUCAAGAUUCUGGAGAUUAUUUUAAGUUUUAUGCAAGGGUCCAGCUGAAUGUUUGAAGGCUUGUUUGAUAGUUCAAACUUGAAGUUCUCAUAAGAAUGGUAUUGGCAUCAGAGCUCUUGUUAUUGCCCGAGAACGUUGUGAUUUGGUAUUUAUUAGGCGACAAGAUUUACCAUCACUUCUGUGUACGUCAUGUAUUUCACUACUACAAUCUUGGGUGUAAAAUGUAUUCAUUCCCAUCGUGCACAGUUUGUAAUGGUCGAUCUUGCCACGAAAUGUGGUUGUUUUCAGACAACUAAGGAUUUAACACUUCUAGUCAGAGAAGGAAUAAUUUCCCAGUCUAAGUAACUAGAGGGGUUUGUAUGUGUUUCUUGAUUCAGUGACAUUGAUUCAUCUACUACUGAAUAGUGUCAUACAGCAUCUUGAAUAUUUGUCAUACUUAAACAAGUGCCUCAGCCAAAACUUUAGCUUUGUGAUAUGGGAGUCAAAAUUUUUAGGAGCAUUUACAAAUAUUGUAGCAGAUAUGUCUAUGUAUUAAAAGGUGCAGUUGCAAAAUUAGGAUACAGUACUAAUACCAAAUUAUAAUUUACAGAUGUGUACAUGUAUAUAAUAUAUACAUACCGGUAUAAAAUUGUGUGUAUACAUUUGUCGAAUUGUGCUUGUAGGGGUUGAGUACGAACUCCUAAGCCACACCUGUCAGAGGUUUAAUGUAUUCCCUCUGAACCCAUUCCUUGACAUUUAAUUUUUCACAAUUUUUCACAAAACUUAUUCUUCUACACUAUUCCAUUUGUUUUCUUACAUGCUCAAAAGUUCCUAUUAACAUUCCUCUGACAUGUGUGUUCAAGUUUUCAUCCAUAUUUGCUUGUCCUCAUUAUUAAACUUGUUACACCCCUAGCAGCACCUUAGAUUAUUACCAUCGUCUUCUCAGUGCUGGAACAGUCAGCAUCCUUAACCUUUUGUUAUAGUUUAGUCCAUGCAAGAGCCUCAACUCGUUCCUCUAAACACUUAUGACUUAGUGAAUCCCUACCCCUUAAAGCAGCACUGUCACAACAGCAUACUCCAGAGUGGGACUUAUAUUAUGUACCAGGCUCUUGGAGCCUUCUGUCCUAGGAUUCUAAAAGCUUUUUACCUGCAUGUUUAGAAAAUGGCAAUUUUAUUUUUGCGAGCUUCCAGUACUAGGCCAGAAAGUUUUACCACUCUACAAAAUUUCUUCCCCUUUCUUUUGCCUCACAAUUCAAGUUUAUUAGACUUCUGGCUUUCUCCAAUUAUCAUUGCAUUAACUUGUAUAAAUAAAUGAAAGAAAACCUAUUCCUCAACCAGCCCUAAAAGCCUGUAAAAAACUGAUUUACCUGGGUAACAAAAUGGCUUCAUUUUGCUUCAUCUGCUCACAUAGAUAUGGAUGCAACUAGUGAGGCCCACCCUGCCUUCUUUCGUGUAUACAUAUACUGUAUGUUCCAACGAGCCAUCCUCGCCUUCAAGCAUAAUGAGUAUAUAAUAUCUUCAAGGCUUGGGGCCUGGUCUGCCAUCUUAAUUCUAUCUCUAAGAUUACUUAUGCUCGUGUGUUGCAUCAUACUACUCUUCCCACCCUUCUUACUUUCCCUAAUUCUGCACCCGUUUCUGAACCUUAACACAUGUACCAGCUCCCCUUCUUCCGCUCUCCUCCAAUCUUGAGAUUGAUCCCGAUUUUUUAUACAUUUGUCUUGGUCACUCCAUGCUUCUUACCUCCGAGUUGAAUGCUCUAAGGCCCUUAUCUCAUUUCAAGUCUUGUCCUGUACUUCCUAGAAGCUGAUUGACACGCUCCUCUCUCAUGGCUGUCUAAAUUGUAUUAUGGCUGCCAUGCCUACUCCUCUGCCCCUCUGUUCUGCAUCAUUCUGUGUUGUACCUCAGCUCUUUUGCCUUUCAUUUGUUCCCCUAUCUAGAGCUCAUGUUAAAACCGGGCAUCCUGUCUCUAUAGGAGUGUUGUGAUCAUUACUGCCUUCACUACCAUGAUCUCUUUAACAUCCUCAUUUUUGCUUAUGCCGUGCUUUGACUGUUACCCCUCAUGUGGGGUCUGUUACCUUUGGCCACCUUCCUUUUUAUGGAUGUCUCACUUGCUAGCUUUCCUCUGUGUUUGCAUUGCGUGGUUUUGUAACACUUGACCCCAUGUGGUAAAGGCUCCUUCCCCACGUACUGUUCUAAAAUGCCUUUUCCAUAAGCACUUGUUCAUACUCGCAUGUCAUUGCCCUAUUCACAGACGGGUCAAGACUAGCACCUUCAUGGCUGAACUGUGAAUUUUGUAUACUCAUCAACUGCUUUUCUGACAUUGUUCCUAGGUUAUUAUGGAUGACACUCACAUUGCCCAUUUUCUCAUUCCCUUUCCACAGGUGGGUAUAGGAAUAGCUCAUGGUAAGCCUUAGCUUACUAGCUUCCCUGGACUAUGACCUUCAUAUCAUUUAACAAUCAGGUAACCAAUCAUUGUUGGGUGAAGACAGGCACCUAGUUAAUCCUCCCCAACUUGGAUAUGAAUCUAGGUCCAACUGCAGGUGAGUGUUACCACUGCACCACCACCAGGAACUAGGCAUUUAACCCUAUGCAUCCUGUAGUAGUCGAAAUCCUAUAUUGGCAGUUACUUGUCUCUAGCAUAUUUAAGAUAGAGUUUUGCUGGGUUCUUAGCCUUAUUGGUAUUGACUUAAAUGACCCAAAGAUGUUGCCACUAAGGAGGCUAUCCACACUUGUCCUAUUUCCCAACAAGGAAUUCCUUUAGAUUUCUAACCAGUUGUUCAAUCAAUCCAUGACCACUGGCAGGGUCAUUGGUCUGGUGUUAUAAGUAAUGAAGUGCGCAUCCUUAAAAGGUUGCCCAUUCCCUCUGCUUUUCUUCUACCACUAAUCAGCGGUGGGAAACUGCUCUGGAUAGGUUAUGCAGUGACCACACAUGCUUAACUUUCAGGCACUGAACCUCCCAUCUCAUUGCUCCAUUUAUGCAUGCCACUCUUAGAAAUAUUCCAAUUGUCAGGACAAUCAUGUGUCAUGCUUUCCUAAUGUCCCUUGAGGUCAUUUGUCCAUCUGUGGACUCCUUUGUGAAUUUGAUACCUUUGAUAUCACUCGCCUUGUGUGCUUUUGUUGUAUUGGCAUCACUUGUGAUAUCUAGUGAUUCUGAUAGUGCUACAUAAUCUGCCCGCUUGGUGCCUUCUUUUGAUAAUUACUUAAACAAGGUGCAGUUGAUUUUGGUUUAACUUAUUAUUCAAAGAAGUGCAGGGAUUAAAUUAAUCUCCAAGUUGGUAAUUUCAUCAGGCAUUUAAAGAACACACAUUAUAUUAUACAUAUAUACAGUAUAAUAUAUAUAUAUUAUAUAUAAUAUUGGUGGUGGCUAUAUUUGGCACAUCUUAAUCCAAGCUUCAGUACAUCAGUGUACAAAUAUAUACAAGUUAGUGUAAAUAGUUAUCACAAUGUACUGAACACCUUUAUACACACAGAUUCACAUUUCACAGUCCUAGCAAACUCUGCACUAGAAAUCAAAGGCUGUCAAGUCUUUUCAGUUAGCUGUAACAUCCUCCAGUAUACAGGAGAGUAGAUAUGGCUGUAUGACUACUAGUGGUAGCCAAGAAUCAUGUCGUGUAAGAAGUUAGAACAGGAAACUUGUCUCCUGAUAAGAUUGGAACAGGAAGACAGACUAUUCGUGAGUUGGAACCCCACACACUUUACUCAAUGACCCAGGCUGAGUCAGUAGUGCCUAUUGGCUGCCGACUCCUUGUACCAUGUCCCUAUCAAUGUGUAAAUGUUUUGAUUCCAGCUUCCUUACAACAUUACUGCCAUUUCCUUGUAGUUUUGAUUCCAACAACUCAUCCACUUUCUGAAAAAUAUUUAGCAUUUUGCCUAUCUUCCUCCAACAAAAAACUGCCAUAUUUGUGACACCAUCCAAGAGUGAUAUUUAGGACUUUUUGCAUAUCCUGGAUGGUUCUGCAGUCUUCCUGUUUUUUUUUUUUUUGUUUUUUUUAAUAUAAUUACUCUGUCCAGCUUAUUUUUCUUGCAGUUGUGCCAGCUGUUCCAUGUUCUUUAUAAGUAAAGUCUUCCAACAUGAUUAUGGCCAGGUCUUUUCACAUUGGUUCUGCAAGUUUUGUAUGUGGGUACUUUUAUUUUGUAACUAUAGUGUGGGAGCUGGAAGUUCUUUAAACAUGUUUCCUGUAGCCUUAUUGGAACACUAAUGCAUCAGUUUGGAGGUCUGUCAUUUCUUUCUUUCUACUUGCAAAAUCUAUCAUUCCCUAUUAGAGGGGAGAGACUACACUGGAGCUCCAUAUUCCAAAAUUUGUCCUCAUCUCGUUGCAAGAAGCUAGCGUGUCUCCAGAGGUAUAGCAGUAGACUAGAGUUUGUUGCUUGGAAUAGGAGUUAUAGCAACAAGUCACACAUGGAAUCAAAAUACAGUCCCAAAAUGAGCUACAGAGGCAAUUUUUCUUUUAAGUGUGCUAUUUAGUGUAAACAAAUACAAAAUGACUAAUUAGACAUUUCAUAAUUUUUAAUUGAACAAGGGCCCAUUCAUCUCCGACUGGUAUACCAAUAGAUUAAAGGUCGAGAGGCUGAACUGAAGAGCCGAAGCUCAAUCCCCACGAAGCACAUUGAGGCAAGUAUACACACAAAUCUAAUUUACCAAGUGGAAUCAUUUGUAUAUUAAGCUUUUUUUAUCAGUACUGAUUAAGGUUACUGAAAUAACUUUGUAUUAUAUCUGCAGACUUUGUGGUCAAUCUUGUGCCAGAUGUUGAAUUGUCCUAUUGACUAAUUCCUUCAUGUACAAGAGGCAUGAAAAUUCAACAUGGUUUAAAUACAUUGCUUAACUUUUAUCUGCAUCAAAUGUCCUGUAUAAAUUAAUUAUGGUAUUUUAUCCAUUUAAUAUCUCCCUCAGAGUUGCAUAGAGCCGUUUGACAUGAUGGGUUAAAGAUAAUUAUUUUGGAGCACGUAAGUUACUUUUUUUGGUCUAAUAAUUUCUAAAUUUUAUCGAUGGUCUAAGAAAUGGUGCCAUAACAUUGUUCCUCCAGUUUUAAAACUAUAUUUUCAUAAAGAUGGAAGGGGUUUACUGCACAAAGUAUACAUGUUAGAUGGACAAACUCUUGCUACAGUGAAUGCCCUUGGUUAUGCCAUUAGCAAUAGUAGUCAUUAAAUGUGGCUAUUUUAUGUUAAUUAUACUACAUAACAUUUUAAAAAAAAUUAUCUUGGCUUUUUAGUUUUACUGUAUUUUGAAUGCCAUAUUGAGCACGAUAAAGUCUGGCAUAUACCAUCUCUGGAAUUUUGCCUUCUGAAUAUGGAGUAAUAAACUGCAACCCAAACUUUAUUUCAUAAUUUUAAAAUCUUAAUUUCAUUAAAUUCAGGACUACAAAAUAAUCAAAGAUAACAGGUUGGUUAACUAUAAGGAAGCAUGUUACUAAUUAUGAUAUAUUGUGAAUGAGUGAUAUAUCAUACUCUUCAAAAUUCUAGUUUUUCAGGUUUUGGAUACUACAGAGAUUAACAAGGUACAUUACAUAGGAUUGCAUUCAAAUGUAUUAUUAAUGGAUCAAUUACUUGAAAAAUGGUUUUAGAGAUGUAUUAUAACUUAGAAAUUGGUGUGAAUGACUUUAGCCCAAAAAUGGAAGCAUGUCAAGUGAAUAUCAUAAAUUUAUUGUAUUGUAGUUUUGUAGAUGUGUGUAUAGAUGUGCAACUCAUCUGUGGAUGAGUGUAUAGGACUUUACUGUGAUUUGUGUAUUGUUCCCGUACAACAUCUAUCCUUUAAAUGCAAGCCAUUCUUCCAUAUACACAAACUUUUUGCUAAUGUGUUGUGGGUAGAAAAUAUAUUUUCUACCCACAAAACAAAUCAGGAGUAUGCCAAAGAUGUUUCUAUAGGUCAUGUAUCAUGAAAUCCACCAACUUAAUAUUGCAGGGAAAGAAAAUCAUAUGGACAAUACCACUUUUUAUUAUGACUUGAAAGGUGACCUUGGCAGCAGUGUUUAGUCCUCCAAUUAUAUACAUACAUGCUAUGGAUUUAUAUAAUAUAUUCAAUACAUAUUAUAUAUAUAUAUAUAUAUAUAUAUAUAUAUAUAUAUAUAUAUAUAUAUAUAUAUAUAUAUAUAUAUAUAUAUAUAUAUAUAUAUAUAUAUAAAAUACACACUAAAUUGUGUGUAUAUAUAUGUACCUUAUGUUUACAGUGGAAACUUGCUCGAAUUAAAUUUAAAUUAACAACCUUUUCCAGCUCUCCAAGUGGUUUUUGUGUGUGUUUGCAACACUGGAGACUUUUCUUUCUAGAAACAAUAUAAAGUAUACUGUAUAUUGUUGAAAUUUGCAAUGUACUGUAUUUUGAAUAAUAAAUGUAUAACAAUAAUAACCUUUUCUACAUCUAUUGAGAAAAAUCUUUAGAUAUUUAUGAGGAAUAUCAAAGAGGAGAAUGGAAUCAAUGUACUUUUUGCUUGUUCCUGUAUGUUCUUAAGCCCAAGCCUCUGAAGCUUUUAAUGUUAAAACAGUUUGAGAAUAAAAAAACAGGGGAAGAAGGCUACAAUAUUUUUAAGGAACACGAUUCAAUUACAAUAAUAUUCCAGAGGUACUAUAUAACAAUCCUGAUAGCACUUACUGAUUAUUACUUUGAUAUGGUCUCAAAUGUUUGCGAGCUAAUACUUUUAAGCCUACCAAGAUGCAUUCGAGCAAGCAUUCUAUCACAAUAUAUAUUAUAUAGCUUAAGUAUAUAAUAUGGAAUCAUUGCUGCCAUGUUAUUCCAAAUACACUACAGUACUAUACAGUAUGGUCCUAUCACCUAUUUCAACAACUGUUUUGCUCAUAUCUCAGGUAGAUCAUGGCAUUUAUUAUCCAGUUGCAUUUAGACACUAAUAAAUUCUUUAUUAGUUUCACUAUAUGCUUGAAAACUUAACAAUUUAAUGGAUUACCUGUAUGUGAAGAUCCAGCUGGAUAUUAAUGCCCUACUUCAAUUUGCAGACCAAGAGGGGUAUUAUUUGUGUACUAUGCCUACCCAUCAUUCACAGAAUUAAUUAAAUUAGAAUACAGAUGUUACAGAAUAGAUUACCAGGUAAUUUUUUUUAACAAUGAUUGAUAAAUUAAUACAGUACAGUAGAUAUUUAUGAUUCACAUGAAAAAAGUUCCUUAUAGUUACUGUACUUGUAAUCUACCUGAUAGCUUUCUAGCAUUGUUUACACAAUUACUGACCCUCCCAUGUCUAGCAGAUGUCAACAGUGCUUUAGUAUCCUACACAAGGUAAAAACAGUGCAAUGGCUCUCCUAAUGUACCAUUUCUAAUACAAAAACCUUCUCUGUGAAGUAAAUAAUUGUUAUUAAGCUGUAUCCCAAACUUGGAAAGAUUUCUCUUUCUCUCUAAUAUACGAGGUACUGAUGCACAAGGACUCUCCUGCAUAUAAUGGGACUGGGAUUUUUAGUACAAAGCAAGAGAAGCCUUCCUCCUAAAAUCCCAAAUCAUUCACUGUUAGGCUAAAAUUUGCAUGGCCAACUCUGCAGUUAAAAAUGGUACCGAUUACAGUACAUUGUAUGGCGACAGGUUUUCAAUUGCUUAAAAUUUAGAUAAUUUCCUUAGGCAUUAUGAAUUUUGCAUAAAAUUGUGGAUCCUAAAACUCAUUUUCUCAUUAGUAAAUAUUCAUAACUAGGAUUACUUGACUGAUAUGUACAGUUUAAAGUGGGUUUUGUUAAAUAUUGUGUAGUAAGAGUCCAGUUUAGGUACUCUGAAAGGAAAAUAAUGAAGGAACUUUCCCUAAUGCAUCAGAAAAGUAAAUACACUACAGUAAAUCAAAUUUAUUUUAAUGUAUUUUGUAAAUUUUCAUUGCCAGAGAAUAAGAAUUGUUUACCAGAUUCAUUUAUAUAUCUAUGCUUAUGGGGAUUUUUUUUUUUAUCUCCAGUCUGUCAUCUUGGGUAUGCCUAGACAAAUAAUGAGUGAGCUUUAAGACAGUAUGAAACCGUCUUGUACAAAUAUAGCCAUACAAGUUUUUAUUACCUGGUCUAUCAGUUCAAAAUUAAGACAUUUUAGUAAGUACAUGGUACUUGUUUGUUUUUGUCAUGGCACUAGGUAUUAAGUUUACAUGGCUGGCUUGUUUUGAUGUCUUUUUUCUAAUUUAAUUCAAAAAAAUUAAAGAACAAUCAAAAUUUAUUUGAUUAGCAGAUUUGUGAUUGUGUAUCUUACACUGCAUUAUAAACAUAUAAUUGUAAGAAUAUUUAAAAUUAAAUUUUAACUGAAAAAAAGUGUGGGUAUGAUGGCCCCCAUCUCAGUAGCUACUCUUGAUAACUAGUAAACCAUAAGCAUUGUCUUAGAUCUGAAUUUGGAGUGCACAGUGUCUUAACACUUGAAUGCACGAUAAACAUAUUGUAAGUUAUUUCCAUCAAUUAUCCAGUGUUUUGUAUUCCUGUCUGAUAAUAUCUUGUAAUCCAGCAUUAAUGUUAAUUGUACUGUAUAUGUAUUUCACCAGUGUUAAUGAGGGAUUAUGCACAUUUGAAGGUGAAUACUGGGUAUUUUGUUCCAUUGUUGGUAUUUAAACAUGCUAGAGUCACAGUACCCAAAUGGUGUUACAUUUGUGUGCCAUAAAUUAAUACAUGGUAGUAGGAGUGCUUGUAUCAUUGCCCAGUUUCACCAAGGGUUGCUCAAGUAAUGGGCCACCAUUUCUUAGGCAUUUAUUUCCAGAAUACAGGCCAGUUUCCUGUUGAUAAUUAUGUUAACAUUUGUCAGAAAGAUCAGCCCAUAGAUGAUCACUGAAGGAAGCAAUACAAAGUUGUGGUACGAGCGAGGGCAUAUUAUACCUCCCUGUUGUAAAUACUGUAUUAAAACAAUCAUAUGAUCAUAACUUGUUAAAUAAAUUUUGGGUGUUCAAAAUGUAUGAAUACAUUUUAUACAAUAUCCUAUGAAUUUUUAUUUCUUGGAGACAAUUUUGAUACCCAAUACAUUGCUUAGUUUUAGUACUAAUUAUUGAUUAGUACAUUGAAGCAUUUUAUACUAAAUGCUUGCCUAAUUUUUUUUUACCAGAUAAUUUAAAAUAUGAUUUUGUGGAGACUUAAGUAUCUUCCAUACGUUUAAGAUCUGAUUAAACUACCAAUUUAUUAGUUACCAUUUUUCCUAAUUUAAAAUUAUUUACAUUUUUAUUUUUAACACCUAUUUUGGUGAACUUUAUAUAUUUGGCAGGUAAAUGUUGACAAGGUUGUGGUGGGACUACUAUAUAGUCUUAUCACAACUGCAGGGCAGAAACGUUUUGGGAAGAUAACUUUCCUGCCAUUUGUUCAAUAUUCUGAUUACUUUUUUUUAAAGUUCAUAGAACAUUAAAAUGGGUACGAAGAUGAAAUGAAUAACUAGAAUAUAAAUACUGUAGUGAGUAUUAAUACUUUGAUAUAAUUGCUAUAAAUGAAAGAUAAUUGAAAAGGCAGUAUACUAAUAAAUUAAAUUGGCUUUUUUUUUCUUUAGCAGAUUUGCACAAAAUUUAGAAAGUUUAGAAAGAUAGUAUUUUUAUCACAUUAGGUUAUUAACUAUGACUGCCACAUACAGUACUAGGAACUGAUAAAUGACUUAUGACUCUUUGAAUGAUCUGAAAAAGACUAAUAGUAUCUGUUAAAGUAGAAUAUUUUAAAUUAAUAUAACCUUAAAUUGGCCAUUUGAAGGCUUUAAGAAAUACAGUAACUAACACAUUUACUCAAAAAUAAAUUAUCCUUCAUCAAACAAGAUACUGUAUCAAGUUAAUUUGCUGUAGGUACUUGUAACCAAGAACCUUUGGUAAAAGUUGUGUGCGUGUCGGUGAUUGUUAGUGAUGAGCAAGCACCUGUAUAGAUCUAUUAAAUUUGAGUGAAAUAUAUUAUUUAGACCCAUUUUAUUUUAUUUUUUUUUUUUUGGGGGGGGGUGGGGUGAAAAAUACAAAUUCACCCCAAAAAGAAUAAUUAUUGUCAAGUAAUUUUUUAUUGUUUAUAAUGAGGUUACCCCUCACAGGUGAUGCAAUAUCUUCCUACAGAUCACUUAUGCAAUUAUCACAGCCUCAGCCAAUAUUUCCUCCCUUACUCUGCCUCGUGGGUGCCAUGUUAAGACAACGAGCUCUACUGUCCCAGUUGAGGCUCGCUCUUUUUGUAGAUCAUGUAAAAUAAUAUGAAUGACAAUA